UCUCCCUCUUCCUCGAUCUCAACCACACCACCAACACCUUCUCCUCAUUCGCAGUAACUCGAUCAGGCCCUACGCCCUCAUUGCCACGCGCGCGUGUCAAUUCAUAGGCGGCCGUACGUGGUGCCCUCUCUGCGCGCGCAUGGCGGCAAGCGAGCAGAGCUCGGAGUCCUCAACGUCGUCCUACGCAUCAUCCUACUCCGCGUCCUCGUGCUCACCCAGGUCCGACGACGCCGGCGGCGGCAAGAAGCAGCAGUGCAACAGCAACCGGAAGCGCGCGCGCGACCCGGACACGUCGGCGGCGGCGACGACAGCGGCGCCGUCGUACCGUGGCGUGCGGAUGCGGGCGUGGGGGAAGUGGGUGUCGGAGAUCAGGGAGCCGCGCAAGAAGUCGCGCAUCUGGCUCGGCACCUUCCCGUGCCCGGAGAUGGCCGCGCGCGCGCACGACGCCGCCGCGCUGAGCAUCAAGGGCGCCCGCGCGGUGCUCAACUUCCCGGACCUCGCGCCCGCGCUCCCACGGCCCGCCUCCCUCUCCCCGAGCGACGUCCAGGCCGCCGCCGCGCGCGCUGCCCUCAUGCACGAUCAUGACCACCGGUGCUCAUCGGCACCAACCUCGACAGCCGCCGCGCCAGCCUCCCAGUGCGGCAAUGCUCCGGCGGCACGCGACCAACCGACCGCACGAGAUGAGCCGAAGCAGGAACCCAGCCGGGGGAGCGAUCAGCACCAGGAGGAGCAGACGGCGCCACAGUUGGACUUGGCCGAGCUGGUGUUCGACGAGCUGGCGCCGCUGUGGGUGGAGGACGUAGUGGAUUUCGCGCCGUCCGAUCACUGCUGGACGGCAUACGAUUGUCUUGAUCCGGUCGGCUUCCAGCCUCUCCUGUGGGAAUAUUAGACUUGCUGUACAAGACCUUAUUUUGCUUUUUUCCUCUUCCUUUCCUUUGUUUUGUGUGGUUUUCCUAGCGCAGAUUAAAAUGUGGCACGCUUUUCUCCCUUAUAUCGAUCCUUUGGUUUGUGUCUGGAUUUCGACUACCCUGUAAGUUGUUCAUGAGUAUUUGUGAUCAAGUUAGCUAGAUGUGAGCCAGAGUUUGAACAAAAGAAUCCAAUGUACAUGUGAGUUAUGUUGGUUUUGGUGCUGUAAAA